AUGUCUAAGUCAUUUGAUGAUUUCAUAAAGCAACAGCAACUGGCUCAAAACAAGCCAAAGGGGUUUGGUUAUAGAAAUAAUAAUAACCAAGGCUACAACUACAACCAAGCUUAUGGUAUGAGUCAACCAUUUCAACCAACUGGUCAAAGUUACCAAAAUUACAAUCAAGGUUACAACCAAGGAUACCAAAACUACAACCAGGGCUACCAAAACUACAACCAAGGGUACAAUCAAAACUAUAACAACAAUAAUAGAUACAAUAAUACCCAAAACUCAGGAAUUUCCUCACCUGCAAGUUCUGUUCCAACCAGCGGUAGAAACACCCCUAACCCUAAUGCAUCCACUACUUCUUUGACAUCAUUGAAUACUGCACUUUCCAAGUUGAAUGUAUCAAAUCUUCCAUUUGAAGAAAACUUGAGUAAAAUUGAAAGCGCAUCUAAAAUAGCUGAAGUUAGACCAGAAGUUGAAACUAUUAUUUCCAUAAUAGCCGAAGAAGAAAGUUUAUCUGUGAUAAAUGAAUGGAAAUUGAACGAUAUCUUGAAAUCAUUAUUGAAACCAAAGAAUUCUCCUUUGGUCAAAGAAGCAGCUUUAUUGAUUAUUCAACAAUUGGCAACUAAAUUCGGUGGUCAAACUCCAAAGGAAGCUUACUUGUUGCAAUUCUUAUCCACUGCAUAUGAUAUGUUUACUGAUAAAGAUAAAAAUGUUAUUAAAGCUGCUAAAUCUGCUACUGAUUCAUUGUAUGGUAUUUUCCCAGUUGAAGCUUUAGGUUCGAUUGUAUUGGAUGAAUACUUGACCAUUCUCAAAUCUGGUGCUAAAUGGAACUCUAAAGUUUCAGCUUUGGUUAACUUUGAUAGAUUGAUUGAAGAAGUUCCAGCAGAUGUUUUGGAAAUGAAAUUCAUUGACGUUGUCCCAGUAUUGACUGAUUUGUCUACUGAUUUCAAACCUGAAUUGGCUAAAGCUGGUAUCACCACUUUGAAAAAAUUUGUCAAAGUUUUAGAUAACUUGGAUUUGCAAAACAAGUACGAUUUGAUUGUUGAAACUUUAGCUGAUCCUCAAAAAGUCACUGAUUGUAUCAAGAACUUAUCCUCUGUCACUUUCGUUGCUGAAGUCACUGAACCAGCUUUGUCCUUGUUGGUGCCAAUUUUGGAUAAAUCUUUGAAAAUGUCAUCAUCUUCAAAUGAACAAUUGAGACAAACCGUCAUGGUCACAGAAAACUUAACUAGAUUAGUCAACAACAAGAGAGAAAUUGAACAAUUUAUUCCAAUUUUGUUACCAGGUGUUGAAAAAGUCGUCAACAAUGCUUCUUUGCCAGAAGUUAGAGAAUUGGCUGGAAAAGCUUUGAAAGUUUUGAAAGAUGCUGAAAGUGAACAAACUGACGGUAAAUUCCAUGGUAGAAUUACUUUAGAACAAGCCAAGAACUUCUAUACUGAAAAUAUUCCAGAAGAAGAGCAACCAACCGCUUUGUUGAAGGAUGAAAAAUUGGCUAAUUAUUUGGCCAUUGUUUUGCAAGUUGAUGCUCAUGUCAAUGACUGGAAACGUUUGAAGGAAUACUUGGUCAUGGCCACUAGCAAUGAAAAAUAUGCUGAAUUGGUCGUUUCUCAUGUCAGACAUUUAUUCAACCCAGAAUCUGAUGAUGACGGUGUCAGUGAUGAUGGUGCUGUUGUUAUUGUUGAUGCUGAUUUUUCGUUGGCAUAUGGUACUCGUAUGUUGUUGAACAAAACCAAAUUGCGUUUAUUGAAGGGUCACAGAUAUGGUUUGUGUGGUAGAAACGGUGCUGGUAAAUCCACUUUGAUGAGAGCCAUUUCUAAAGGCCAAUUGGAAGGUUUCCCAUCAGCAGAUGAAUUAAGAACUUGUUUUGUUGAACAUAAAUUGCAAGGAUCUGAAGCUGAUAUGGAUUUAGUUAGUUUUAUUGCCCUGGAUCCUGAAUUGGCUACAGUUGAAAGAUCUGAAAUUGAAAAAGCUUUGAAAGAAGUUGGUUUCCCAGAUGAAAGAUUACAACAACAAGUUGGAUCCUUAUCUGGUGGUUGGAAAAUGAAAUUGGAAUUGGCCAGAGCUAUGUUGAUGAAAGCUGAUGUCUUGUUAUUGGAUGAACCUACCAAUCACUUGGAUGUUACCAAUGUUAAAUGGUUGGAAGAUUAUUUAGUUGAACAUACUGAGAUUACCUCCUUGAUUGUUUCGCAUGAUUCUGGAUUCUUAGAUGCUGUUUGUACUGAUAUUAUUCAUUAUGAAAACAAGAAAUUGGCCUACUACAAGGGUAAUUUGUCUGAAUUUGUCAAGAUCAAGCCAGAAGGUAAAUCUUAUUACACUUUGACUGACUCCAACGUCAAGAUGGCAUUCCCACCUCCAGGUAUUUUAACUGGUGUUAAAUCUAAUACUAGAGCUGUUGCCCGUAUGUCCAAUGUUACAUUCACCUACCCAGGAGCUGAUAAACCUUCUUUGAAAGAUGUUUCUUGUUCCUUGUCAUUAUCUUCCAGAGUCGCUAUUUUGGGUCCAAAUGGUGCUGGUAAAUCUACUUUGAUCAAAUUGUUGACUGCUGAAUUGGUUCCUCAAGAAGGUAAAGUUGAAAAACAUCCAAACUUGAGAAUUGGUUAUAUUGCCCAACAUGCAUUGCAACAUGUCGAACAACAUAAAGAAAAAACUGCCAAUCAAUAUUUGCAAUGGCGUUAUAGAUUUGGUGAUGAUCGUGAAGUUUUAUUGAAAGAAAGUAGAAAAGUUUCUGAAGAUGAAAUUGAAAUGAUGUCUAAAGAAAUUGAUAUUGAUGAUGGUAGAGGUAAACGUGCUAUUGAAGCUUUAGUUGGUAGACAAAAAUUAAAGAAAUCUUUCCAAUAUGAAGUUAAAUGGAAAUACUGGUUGCCUAAAUAUAACUCCUGGGUUCCAAAAGAAGUUUUACUUGAACAUGGUUUCGGCAAAUUGAUUCAAAAAUUCGAUGAUCAUGAAGCUUCAAGAGAAGGUUUAGGUUAUAGAGAAUUAACUCCAUCUGUUAUUCGUAAACAUUUUGAAGAUGUUGGUUUAGAUGGUGAUAUUGCUGAUCACACACCAAUGGGAUCAUUAUCUGGUGGUCAAUUGGUUAAAGUUGUUAUUGCCGGUGCCAUGUGGAAUAACCCUCAUUUGUUAGUCUUGGAUGAACCUACGAAUUAUCUUGAUAGAGAUUCUUUGGGUGGUUUGGCCAUUGCUAUUAGAGAAUGGAGUGGUGGUGUUGUCAUGAUUUCACAUAAUAAUGAAUUUGUGGGUGCUUUAUGUCCAGAACAAUGGCAUGUUGAAAAUGGUCAAGUUGUCCAAAAGGGAACUGUUGCAGUUGAUUCUAAUAGAUUCGAAGAUAAUGGUGGUGAAAAUGCAUCAAAAGAAGGUUCUCCAGCACCAAGUGCUCCACUUAAAAAGAGAGCUGAUGAUGAUGAUUCUCCAGCAAAUAUCAAAGUUAGAACUAGAAAGAAGAAGAUGACAAGAAAUGAAAAGAAGGCACAAGCUGAAAGAAGAAGAUUGAGAUAUAUUGAAUGGUUAAGUUCACCUAAGGGCACUCCAAAACCAGUUGAUACAGAUGAUGAAGAUGAAGAUUAG